AUGAACGGCGGGGGAGCUUACGGAGCCGGGAAAGCAACCGGAAUGUUUGACGUCAUAGGUUUCCUGAAAAAACCCCAGGUCAUACUGAGAUUCUUCUCGAUUAUAGUUUUCGGGUGCAUAUCGAGCCAGGCAUGGGAAAACGACGUCUGUCGCUACAACGGAGACAGCAACGCCUGCGGGUUUGGCACGACGGUGGGGGUCCUAGCAUUCCUGGGUCUUCUGGCACUUCUCGGCAUUGAUUUCUACUUUGAGAAUCUGAGCAGUGUUCAGCAUAGGAAGUAUGCUGUUAUGUUCGAUAUGGGAUUCUCAGGUUUAUGGACAUUUCUAUACUUCGUGAAUUUUUGCUACCUGGCUGACACCUGGCGACGUACUGAGGUGGACAAAAGUGAUUGGGGAGAGAGUGGCGUAGAAGCGGCAGUUGUCUUUUCCGUGUUUUCUGUCGCUACUUUCGCAGGGAAUACGGUCCUGGCCGUCAUGAAGUAUCGCAAAGGAGUUAGUGAGCCCUUCUCUGCCGGGUACGACCCAGAGGUCUUGGGUUCGACUAAACAACCCCAACAACAGCAACCCCCUCAACAACAAUCAGCCAUGCCCCAGAACCCAUUUCCCCCAUCAUAUCCCCAGCAAGGUCAGGUCGACCCGUUUAGGCCCAACCCUUUUUCAAAUCCGGAUCAGCGGCCAAUGGGAGGCGGGGAUUUUCAACCUGUGACCUAUUGA